UCUGCGUUGAACUACGCACGAACUUUAUAAUGUAUAUCGGAUUUUGCAUACCGCUGAUUUAUCAGAAAACAACGAAUGUCUAUAAGCGUGACUCGCUAGAAACAGCGCGCGCCCGAUUAGUCGAGUUCGUUGCAGAUAGGUUAGAGUGCACUGAAACGACAUGGCAAGGCUGGCAGUCACAACUUGCGUGGAGACGCCCCAAAAAUAAAAACGGAAAUGGCGCGAGCGAUCACCGACAGAAGGGUGGUUAUGAAACCAACAGAACUGCAACGCAAGAAAAAAAAAAAGGGUUAAGGAAAGCAAAAAAGGAAAGGAUGUCCAUGACCGUAGAGCUUUCUCAGAAUUUCAGGCUCGCGCUCAGAUCAUCAAUCAGCCGUGCGCGCGCGUCACACUAGCGAUAAGAAGAAGGAAUGAAGAAAAGCUGAGUCUCCCUGUCAGUCAUCAACGAGACGCGACUCACACGCAGAGCGCUGCGGAAGCGUCAGCGCCGUAACCCGUGGCAUUGGCUGCGUAUGUGCGGUCAUGCUCCCUUUCCAGCCAGCAGAACUGAAUGCCAAGGAGUAAAGAGAAAGAGGAGCUGCAGAGGCGAAGCUGGGAAGUGAGAGGAGGGUAGGAAUGGCCGGUACUUCCACGGAGCUUCUCCGCAAGGCACCAGCAGGAGGGUUCGACAGAGGCAGUACUUUGUUCAACCGGCUGUCAAAAAAAAAGAGGAAGAAAACGGGGAGAGAGAAAGACAGACAGAGAGAGCGAGAAAGAGAGAGAUGAAAGCAAGAAAGCGGAGCGCCGGAGUUUUGAAACGACUCGAGAACGAGCGGGCAAGCUAAAGAGUGCAACAGCGGGGGCGGUCUCACGUCAGUGACCCGACGCGUACAAGCAGCAGCAGCAGCAGCCGACCGUGACGCAAGCAGAGAAGUCCUCUUCUUCUUCCCGCUCCCCAGGCAAGCAGUCUACGCUCUCCCUGGGCACAUGGCCUAAAGUCUUAGACCUCGGUCUGUUCUCGUCAUCGUCAUCCUCGGCACUCUGUUUUUUUUUUUUUUUUUUUUUUCAGUUAUACUUCAGCGAGGGAGGAGGAACGGCGCGCGAGAGGUAUAAACUCCAAAAUAGAGAGAGAGAGAGUAGCAAACAAACAAACAAGGCCAGAAAUGGUCGCCCCCUUUCAUUUCUUCCCGUCGUCGGUGCGCUCUCUCGGCCGCCGGCGCGAUGGGGUGGUGCCGACGCGCCGUGACAUCACACCAGGGACGACGACGAACCCUACAGCGAGCGACGCCGACGGGCGGUUCGCCCAGAGGCUUUGGCCGCCAGUGGCUGCGCGCGUGCCUCGUCCACACUGCAGUAGCAGCGGGCGCAGCAGCAGCAGCAGCACCGUGUAGUUCGCGCGCGCGAGCGCCGCUGUUCCACGAGCCGCUGCAGCGCAGCACGGGCAGCAGCUCCGGCCGUCUUAUUUUUGGAGGCCGCGCAGAGCCCGCGCUUUCUUUCUCUCGGAGGGCUGCCGCACCGAUGGCUGCGGCGGCGGCAGCGGCGUGGCACAGCCCACAACAACAGCGACGGGCCGAAAGAGAAAGCCUGCGCUCCCGCCGCAGGUUUUAAGGGCCGCGCCAGCCAGCCGGCCGGGGAGGAAAUCUCUUCGCCACACCGUCCCGUUCCGUGGAGGAGCCCGGGUGCAGUGUGGCCGGCUCCGUCGCCACAGCCACUGCUGUGUACUAGGAGGUGCCGUCGUAUAACCAUUCUCUUCUAGCAAGGAGGGUGCGAUCGCUCACCUUGCCCGAUUCCUACGAUAGCCGGCUCGUUCGUCCAGAAAGAGUGACUCCGCACGUGGCGACUCGGCCGGACGCGGAAGUACUACUGCAGACGGCGAACGUUGUUUCUUCGCCAGUGAACGCCGAUGGAACUCCUAUAGGGCCCGUGCAGGACGUGUUCUGGCGGAAGAGCUAGGAUGCAGUGGUGUAUCCGUAAAGAGAUUUAGCAUGUUCCGAGAAGCGACGUCUCAGUAAGGCGUGCUCUUCACGCUUAGGAGACCUUCAGCUUAUACAAAUAUCCCUGCGCCUAGAUUGGUGUCCACAAACUCUCAGCCCACUUGAAGCUCAAGUAGCGCGCCGACGAGCACAAGUGGGUUGCAGCUGAGCCGAAGCCAUUUACCUCGCCCGGUGAAGCCGGCGUGCUCGUGGACCACGUGCUUUCGGGGCUGCCGUCAUGACGCAACGUGUUCGAUUGCCGUCGUGGGACGCCCACGGCACAGCCCACGUCCAAGCGCUUGGCGGAUUGCAACACCGAUGAAGAACGCCUUUCUAGAGCGGAACUGUUCGCUCAACCCAACGCGCCGCUUGUCUUAUACUGCACUGGAAGCCGGAAGUCGAACUUCAAGACUCACCGAACUUACGAUUAUUGUCGCCACGCGCCAUCAAAGAAGACAUAAAAUGCCAUCCCCGAGCGUAUGAGUGCCCAAGUGAGUGUUUCGUUGUGCCGUGAUCAUGUUCACAUCUCCCGCGUCAUCAUGACGAGUCGACCGCCGGACCAAUCAAGAGUGCCGAACAGGUUCGAUUGCCGCCUGCCUCUCCGCCGCCUUCAGCCUACGCCUUUCGACCGUGAGGUGGCCGCAUGGUGCAGUGGCCGUCGUUAUGAGUGUUUCCAGGAGACGAGUCGGUGAUCGCCGCGAAUCCUGGUCGGCACCGGGACGCCGCGGCCCCGCAGGGACCCCGGCGCCGCUCGAUCGGGCAGCUCCAGGAUGCGGGAACCACGCCGGUCGUCGCGAUGCUCCAAGUGCCGCUACUACUGCCGCGCCGGCACCACGUCGCUCAUGUCCCACUUCGGGCUGUGCAGCCUGGUGGUCGGCUAUUGCGUGAUGGGCGCGUUCCUCUUCGAGUACCUCGAGGCCACCAACGAGCGCAACAAGCGGCUCGAGAUGAUGCGCUGGCGCUCGAACCUGGCUGACGCGCUGUGGGAGCUGACGGCCGAGGCGCCGCUCCUGGACCAGGCCAACUGGACCGGCGAGGCCGUGGCCAGGCUGCGCCGCUUCGAGGUCACCCUCGUGCAAGCGGUGCGCAAGGAAGGCUACGACGGCAAGGAGGACGCCCAGCUGCAGUGGUCCUUCACCGGGGCCCUGCUCUAUUCGAUCAUCGUCAUCACCACCAUUGGGUACGGCAACAUCGCGCCCAAGACGCCCCAGGGCAAGGUGGUGACCAUCUUGUACGCCAUCGUGGGCAUUCCCCUGAUGCUACUGUGCCUGUCGAACAUAGGCGACGCCAUGGCCCAGAGCUUCAAGUUCUCCUACCGCUACAUAUGCUGCUCCAUUUGUCACCGCAAGGCCGUGCAAAGGGCUAAAGGGCGUUACGCGCGCAAACAUUUCCACCAGGAACAGCAGCAACGCUACCAGCAGCAAUUCCAAAUGCAGCCCCGGUCCGUGGGCCGCAACAUGGGUCAGGGCGCCGGUGCAGGCCACGGCUCGUCACUGGCGGCGCCUCCCAGCUACAAAGAGCUGUCCGCGUGCCGUCCGGCGCGAGGUGGCGGCGGAUACCCUCUGUCGUCGCGCUUGCCUCCGGGAUCGGCGGCGGGCAGGAGGCAGGCCGACAUCGAAGCCGCUCGAGUUCCCGUCAUCAGCAACAAGUACGCGCUCACAGAGGACGCCGGCGGCCCUGCCCCAGCCCAUGACUACAGGACACCGCCCGCCAGGACAGGACGGCGUGCCUGGCGCGACGACGGUGGCGAGCUGGCAGACGACGAGUCGGUGAACGCGCUCGAGGACGACGACGACGACGUGGGCGACGAAGAAGAGGACGAGGUCGUGGGUUCGGUGCCCAUCUGGCUGUGCUGCGCCAUAGUCGUCGGCUACAUCUGCGGCGGCGCUUGGCUCUUCUACUCGUGGGAAGGCUGGGGCUAUCUGGACAGCGCCUACUUCUGUUUCGUCACGCUGACCACCAUCGGCUUCGGCGACCUGGUCCCGGGCACGGCACUUUCAGACGACCAGACUGUGACGCUGGCGGUGUGCGCCGUGUACCUGCUGUUUGGCAUGGCGCUGCUCGCCAUGUCGUUCAACCUGGUGCAAGAAGAAGUGACACGCUCCGUCAAGUGCGUAGGCCGUAGGCUGGGAAUAAUUUCGGACAGGGAUGACGAUCGGUGAUUUUUGGCUGCGAGGAACACGCUAGAGCAGCAGAAGACGCGAACCAUACAUUCGCGACGCAAGCGGAUGCACACGGGAAUAGGUAGUGAUUACAAAACGGUGGACACGGUGCCAUCAGUCGCUUCACGUCAUCAGUUGCUUCCGAUGCCGGCAGUACGGCAAUGAAUGACUUUCAAAUCGGUCUCCGUUACUCUGAGUGGGCCGUCGCUGGGGCUGCGAUGUGGACGCCAACUACUGCAACGACUACUAUGUCAUAUGUGACUCAGAGUGGACAGUCCACCGCAGGCAAGUAAGGAAGAGUAGUCUCGCAACAAACUGAGUUCAAAUGGGUAAAGCUUCUCAUAUAACGUCGUCGAGCAAUUCUGAACGACGCGAUAACGAAAAGAACGGAUCCAGUGCUUUUAUGAAGCCAAACGAGCGAUGAGAAAUUUUACGUGUACCUUAAAAAGAAAGUCACCGUCUGACUUAAUAAGGUACAGAGUUGUCCGCUUGCCUGCAGUCAUUCGAAACGUAUACGGCAAGCGAGGCAACGAACGAUAAAGAACAAGUGAUAAUCUUCUAAUGCGUCGCAUAGAGGCAGUGUCGCAGCUGUAAACGCAUUGUGUCCGUUUCACGGAGUUGCGCUUCAAUGGAAAGAGAGAGAGAAACAUAAAGGCAGAGGAGCACAGACAUUUUAGACUUCGUGACCACUAUUCAGCUUUCACGGAUUCGUCAAUGUAAACUUGGACGACGAUAGAAAAGCUACAGCAAGGAUUAUAGCCACGAGAAUGACGCAUUUUGUCUGCAAUUCAUGCGAAGUCUCGAGUGAAACUCAAUAAGAAUAAACAAGACGUAGGGAGCAUAAAUAAGUGAUAGCGACCAGUUAAACACCGGGAGGUGUGCUGAGCGUGCUCAAAACUUGGUGGGAAGAUAAGCGGCUAUUCAUGAGCAUACAAAAGUAAGCAUGCUCACUUUUAGGCGUGUCUUGCUUGAUGCGACGAACAAUGCCUAAUUAAUUAAUGCACAACGCGGUCGACCAACGUGUCAUGAUGAUUACAGAGCCGUCUUUUCUUCAUCCUCUCUCCCACGAGAAAACUUUGUCGAGAAGUAAGCUCAGAAAUGCAGACCAAAGAAAGACAACGUUUGUCACUGGACGGCGCUAAUUUUCUGCAAAAACAUCACUCGCGUCUAUCUGAGAGAGAUCGCGGAAGAUAACAAAGCUCACCAAAUCGUUAUGUAGAGUCAGCGUUAAUUAUCCUCGCACAAUAGGCGUACUUGGGUGAGACGGACGAUUUUCAAGUAAGACUGUUGGAAUGACGUUGUGACAUCACCACAAGGUGCCUCCUUCAAGCAAGUCGACAAAGAUGUCGAGAAGUCAAUGUACAGCACCAGGAGAGUAGGUACUGUUUUUUUUAUUAUUAUUAUUAUGGAAAGUGGUUGUGAAAGACGAUCGAAGUGACGAAGAUAAUAUAAUGUAGGAGGGUGAAACUGCCGUGACAAGGACGACUAUACCUGAUAUACCUCGAUACGCGGCUGCCGUGCGUGGGACAAGAGACACUUGCAGAGACCGCAAUUUCUUCUUUUGUUCUUCUUUGUUCUAUUGUGCCUUAUUUCGCGUUUUGCUUUUCCUUGUGACAAUCGUAGGCUCACAGCGUGCUGCAAAACCGUCUGCGGUGGAAGACGACAACACACAACUAUUUUUACAGGAGCUGGAGAGCUGUGUGCAUAUUCCGAAUAAAGAAGACAACAUUCAGCUCACGUGACCAAACGUUUGCCCAGAAGAGAUGUUGUGUUGUUUGGGUUUAAUCUCUCUGCCAUCCUCUCCUUUUUUUUUCUUUCUUCCAAAGACUAUUAAUACACGCAUAUCAGCGUCAUGUUACUGUCUACCUGGUCCCAACUGACCACUUCUGGGAUUAAAAAAGAAAAAUUCCGA